CUAUAUAAAACCAAACACAAAUCGUGAUGUUUCGCAACUGUUCUGGUCCCAUCCUCAGGAUCAGUUAAUCAUAAAAAGAAUGACGGAGGAUAUUUGCACCGACCGCCCUCUCUACGGCGGCUCAAUUUCCAGCACCUUCCCCGUCAGAUUCCAGGAUGUGAGCAACAUUCGACAAGUUCCUGAUCAUCAAGAGGCAUUUGUGGAUCCAAGUCGUGAUGAAAGCUUGAUUUUCGAGCUCUUAGAUUUGAAGCCUGAUGUGAGUGAUAAUGGAAGUGCCGUUUGGUUUCUUCAAGACCUUGCGAAUGAGCAAGACGCUCAAGGGUUUACUCUAGUUGAGCAGUCAGGCGUGGUUGAGGUUCCAAUUGGGAAUGUUUCAGUUGUUGUUACAACAGCAAUUGGGCAGAUGGGGAUUUCUAAAGUGCGACAAGGAAGGGAAGCCCAGAAUGUCGUGCAGGUUUAUUUGGCCAAUCUUCGACUUAAGAAUGUUGGCACUGAUGUUCUCGUUGUUGCCUAUGAACCCAUUUUGAUAAGUCCUUUGAGUGAAAGUGCUGCGACUGUUGGUGCUGGUUUACCCGCCCCGGCUGCGCAAUCUGGGUUCUUGCCAAUGGCUGAGUCAAUUGAUUCUAUGAAACAUGAACUGAACGAUGCACAAUGCAGAAAGCGAAAGGACACAACUCAUGAAAACACUCUCCCCUGUCCCUAACACCCUUGUCCCCGUUGCAUAAAAUGCUCUGGUUAGAUUGUUUUAAAUUUUGCCAAUCUGAAUUUAGAAAUUGUUUUUCUAUUGUGUUCACGUAAAUACUAUUGACUCCUUUUCUUUUUUGCUCGCUUAUGCUGUUGCAAGGUUCCCUUGAUUUCUUUGAUGAACUUGCUCUGGGAAGUACAUUUUGAUGCAUGUUGAGUUGUGUUCCUGUGAUUUUAAUUCAUGUUGUCGCCUACUUCCAUUUUUACAUACAUUUGAGAUUUAUGGAACUGCAUGUAUUGCAGCUUAUGCAAUAUAAAUAUGUUGGAGGUUCUGCUAUACAGAAAUAAGUCAAUAACUUUUUACUUAUACUGUACUUGAACCAUUUCGAACAAGCUUUGUUGUUAAAGUAUCAAAAUAGUCUUUAAGCACAAUUUUCCUGUUGCU